CAUCCACUUCCUUUGUCUUGAAAUGGCAUGUCAGCCAUCUUGAAUAAAAUUUAAUAAUGGCAAAAAGUGAUAUUACAAAUAAAAAUUAAAUGCAAUUAUUCCAUCUCAUCGUCUUCAAUAAUCAAACAUAAAUUAUUGUGGUAAAUUUUAACGUUGAGUUAACUUAAAAAAAACAGUUUUAAUAACAUUUGCACUAUAAAAAGAUCACCAAUAAAGCAAAUCAGCUGUUAUCCGUCAAUCGAUGUCAACAAAAUUACAUAAUUUUGUUUGGAAAAACAGUGAAGCUUAUUAUUUUUGAGUGUCAUUUUGGAAAUUUCAAAACAUGUUUAGUAAAUCCGAUAGUUUAUCAGUGAAAUUUUAGAAGUAAAUGUGUUCACAAAUGCAUAAUGGGUUGGCGUAUUUUUUGUGUUCAUGUGUAGAAUGUAGCUAAUCGCCUUAGUCAUGGAUCGCAGCAAUAUAAUCGAGUGCGGUGGCUUUUAUUUUAUACAUAACUUUGAUUCGGGGAAUCUGGGUCAUGUCGAACGUGUGCCCACGGAGUUUAUUGCUCCAACUAUAAACCCCAAAACGAAUGUGGCAGAGACUCCAGACUAUGAGUUUAAUUUAUGGACACGGCCGGACUGUGCUGGCACAGAGUUUGAAAAUGGAAACCGCACUUGGUUCUACUUCGGUGUACAAGCUAGUGAGCCUAAUGUACAGGUGCGGUUGAAUUUGAUAAACCUAAAUAAGCAGGGCAAAAUGUACAACCAGGGCAUGGCGCCCGUCACUCGCACCUUACCCGGCAAGCCACAGUGGGAGAGGAUAAGGGAUCGUCCAGUACAUUCGACGGAUGACAACACUUUCACGCUCACGUUUAGAUACAAAACUGCAGAGAAUCCCAAAGCUACAACAUUCUUUGCAUUCACAUACCCCUUUUCAUUUGCGGAGCUUCAAAUCGCUCUGAACUCUAUCGACUUGAAGAUGUUGCCACUGACAACGCCACAGUCCGCCGACGACAUUUACUAUUGCAGAGAGUGUUUAAUAUAUUCUUUAGAAGGUAGACGAGUGGACCUGCUGACGAUAUCGUCACAUCACGGCAUCACUACAGAGAGGGAGGACAGAUUGAAGAAUCUAUUUCCCGACAGUCAAGAGAGACCGUUUAAGUUCAAUAAUAAAAAGAUAAUCUUCAUAUCAGCGCGGGUCCAUCCCGGAGAAACUCCCUCAAGCUUCGUAUUCAACGGCUUCCUCAACUUGUUACUAACUAGGAACGAUCCUAUCGCGAUCCAGUUGCGGAAGCUGUACGUCUUCAAAAUGAUUCCCUUUCUGAACCCUGAUGGGGUUGCGAGGGGUCACUAUCGGACGGACACGAGGGGCGUGAACUUGAACAGGGUGUAUCUAAACCCUUCUCUGGCCCACCAUCCUACUGUGUACGCGUCGAGGGCUCUUAUUAGAUACUAUCACUUUGGUCAAGAAAAAGAGGAAGAUACGAGUAUAUGCGAGGAAAGCAAAAGUUUUACGUCGCGAAGUAUUCAGAACAUCAGCGAAAGUGCCGAGUUGAUUUCGACGAAAAAGAAGAAAAGCCUCGGUUCGCCGUCGCAUAAGAGCGAUUCGAAGCAGAAAGACAAGACCAAAGCCGGGAACAAAUCGUCCAUCGUUCUGAAGCAAGUGUCCGCUGACAGUUGCCGCGACGUGCAGUCGCUAAGCGGGGAUGCAGCUAAUCUGGCUGAACAGGUUUAUGACAUGAAGUUGCAAGAAAUGCCGUCCCAAACAAGCGAAAUAUCCUCAAACGUGGAAGAAACCGCAUCCCUUCUGAACGAUAAUGUGCUACGGUCGUGCUUAGGGUCCACCGUCCAUCUCAGCACAAGUGAGGAGUUGAACAUACAAGGAAGUAACCCGCUGAAACCAUUGCGGGACACUUUGAAGAACAGCAUCAGUUUACUGAUGGAGUCCAGUUCUUCAGCUCUUGACGAGGGCUCAGGGCCGGAGCCUAAAAGCCCCGCUAGUAAAGUAAAGAUGGGGUGGUGCCGCGAUUGUCGUGCGGCGGUCGCGCGACUUGAAGACACCAUGCCCGGCAUCACGAGCCUCGUGCCCGGCUACAGUGCUGCUAUGAUAUGCUCCGAACCCCCCACUUAUCACUCCAUAGAAGAGUACAGAGACCAUCAGAGGCAACAGAUUGACGUACAGGAUACUAAACUGAGUGAUAUGGAAUACGAUGAAAAUGGUGAUAAUGUUUAUUUCUGUACAAAUUGCUUCAAGAGAUACAUCAUAUCAGAAAAUAAUGAGGAAAUCAAGCUGUGCAACGCGGCGGAGGCGACAUCGCGCGCCAGUGUGAGCGUGUCGGCCGGCGACGGCAACGACGUGCGCGCACCGCCAGCCUCGCGCGCGCCCGCGCCCAACCUUGGAGAUUCGCUCAUGCCGCAACCAUCCCCACCGAAAGACGAGAAGGCAAAGCCAGGCAAAGAAAAGCUGCCAAAGAAAAAACCGCCGCCGCCCACGCCCGUCGCUCUACAGCCACGCGCCCCGCACAAGGACAUCGAAUCUGGACUGUACUUAUACAUCGAUCUACACGGACAUGCAUCUAAGAAAGGUAUAUUCAUGUACGGCAACCACUUUGAAGACCUGGAGAGCUGCGUGGAGUGCAUGCUGCUGCCGCGCAUCAUGUCGCUCAACAACCUGCACUUCCACUUCUCCUCCUGCAACUUCACCGAGCGGAACAUGUACCUCAAGGACAGACGCGACGGCAUGUCCCGAGAAGGCUCCGGCCGGGUUGCCGUGCUAAAGGCCACGGGCCUAGUGCGAUCAUACACCUUAGAGUGCAACUACAACACCGGGCGGCUGGUUAAUGUGUUGCCACCCACUGCGCGGGAGGGGCCCACGGUCCAAGCAUCCGCCGCGCCCAUGCCGCCCAAAUACACCCCGCACAUCUUUGAAGAGGUAAAUCCAUUCCAGUUUCAGGUAAGACACUGUCGCGCUAAGAAUGGUGAGGGCUUUGAAGAGAUAGACCCGGUGAAGGUGGGACGAUCGCUGGGCGCGUCGAUCCUGGACCUGACGGGGCAGCACCCCAACUCGCGCGUGCCGUGCUCCGAGCACCGCAACCUGGCCGCCGUGCGCGACUGGCUGCGCGCGCAUACGCGCACCAUGCGCCCGCAGUUGACGAUGUCUCGGCUCCGACCCAAGACGGCGUCGCCGCCGAGGGCGCCGCUGUUUGCUCGAUCUAAAGCCAAGGUGACCGACGAGCGCAAGGAGAACGCGUACGUCGCGACCAAGACCGACUCGGAGAGAAAACGAAGCCCCCCGGUACUGGCGCAGCGCUCCGGCCACGAACUCGUCAACGUGAACAUGAAAUUCGCUAAAAAGAACGAACCAGUCAAAAGCACGUCCCGCACUCGAUACCUGGCCGAGAACGAGCCCAAACCGAAAACUCUGUCCACUAAACGAAGGAAUAUUCUCUCGAUUCGGAAGCCGAACGCUUCAAAAACGCAAACUACCGGGAUCGUUAAAGCGAAAGCGAAUAGAAGGGCCGCGGACGACUCGGAGAAUCCUCGGACCUCUUUAGUGACAGCGAAGUUGAGUAAGAGGAGUUUCUCGCGCUCCAUACGCGUCGCUUCUCGGGUCAGUAGCAACCGAUGCCGAGCGAUGGCGUCUUCCUCCUCGGAUGAUGUGAUAGGCGGAGGUUGGGAGGACGUUUCGGGCGGUACGGCGCUGGGCGAGUCCUCGCUGGCCGCUAAGCGUCGCCCAUUCUCGAACACUUCGCCCUCUCACCUCAAGAAGAUCAGACUUAAAUCGGGCUUGUAGCGCAAAUCGCGCGCGAGGCUCGCCUCCGAUUCUCGCUGACUCGCGGGCCUCAACGCGCUACCUCGAGCUAAUAUCAUAUAGGCCCCCGCAAACCAUACACUUCAGAUAGUUUAGUCCGAUCGGACUUACAGUUCUUUCGAUUCGGACCUAAGUGGGGUCGGGCUGAUAGUUUAGUAAGACUGAUACUUGAUGACUGAAGCCGAUUGCAAAUCUAGCGAGAAUUUGCG